UCUGUUUGGGCUUGGUUAAUUUGCAGUCUACAAAUUAGUCGUAAUUAUUUUCCAGCCCCCGACCAUCCGCUCAAUUUGAAGCCUUUGUGUAAAAAACACAAAACUGACUUUAGAUCAGUGUCUGAGGGCGAGAUCCUACUAGAGCCAGUCAGCUUGAGGAGACAGGUUUUUUUCUUCCCACCUGUUAUGUGAGGGCGGGAUGUGGUACUUCCUCUUUAGUUCACUUUAACGCAGUGCGGACAGAAGGAAUCCACAAACAAACGCGCCGUCGGCAUUCAACACUCUUCAGACAUCGCAGAUAGAUUGCUGCUGGAUCCUUUUGUGGAAGUUAACAUGAGUUUUAAGCCACAUUGUUUGAAACUGAUAUUUUUAUUGGCCUGUGCCGAGCACUGUAUGUCUCAGGAAACUGAACAGAUCGAUGCUGAUGUUAUAAACCGAGGCUUCACGGGGACCGAGUCACCGGAGGGAGUGCGGGUCUCCCAGACGGCACACAUGGUCCUGGACAGUCGUCUGACCACGGUGUUCCUCCCCAUCGUCUACAUCGUGGUGUUUGCUGUGGGGCUCCCCACCAACGCCAUGGCCAUCUGGGUCUUCCUGUUCAGGACCAAGAAGAAGCACCCUGCCGCCAUCUACAUGGCCAACCUGGCUCUGUCCGACCUGCUCUUUGUCAUCUGGACCCCCCUGAAGAUCGCCUACCACUUCAACGGUAACGACUGGAUCUAUGGUGAGGGGUUGUGUAAAGUCCUGGUGGGCUUCUUCUACGGGAACAUGUACUGCUCCAUCCUCUUCAUCACCUGUCUGAGUGUCCAGCGCUACUGGGCCAUCGUCAAACCACUCUCCCAGAAUAGGAGAAAUAACGAGGUAGCCAUCGGCGUCUCUGUCGCAGUCUGGGUGGGGGUCUGGCUGAUGACCACCCCUCUCUACCUCUAUGACCAGACGGUCAUAGUGACCAACCUCAACAUCAUCACAUGCCACGACGUCACCCGACCCAGCCAGAAUAGCAUGGCCGCAGGCUACUUCCUGACCAUGGGAAUCCUGGGAUUUGUAGUUCCCACCGUGGUGUGCGUGGUGGCCUACAUUCUGAUGCUCAAGUCCCUGAGGAACUCCAUGACAGAUGCCAGCAUCGCUAAGAAUCGGCGCAAGGCGGUGGUGCUCAUCAUCACCGUGUUGGUCAUGUUCCUGGUCUGUUUCACCCCCAGUAACAUCAUGCUGCUGGUGCACUACUCCCUCCUGCUGGCCGGAGGCGUGAACAACGGCUACGGCUUCUACAUCACCACCCUGUGUCUGGCCGCCCUCAACAGCUGCGUGGAUCCCUUCAUUUACUAUUUCAUCUCAGAGGAGUUCAGGCAGCAUGUGAAAAACACACUGAGAUGCCGCAGUGAGAGGACGGUGGAGAGAAUGAGGGUCUCGUUCAACGCUCUGAAAUACUCCAAAAAGAGUAGCACCUACACUUCCGACUCUGGGAAAACACAGAGCAGCUCCUGUUAGGGGGGGGUUGUCAUGUGGAGAUAGUUGGCUGUACUGAUGUUUUUCAAAGAACCGGAUGGGUGAAAGGGAAUACCGGGUUGGUGUCGAUUUACCAUGUUUCUUUCACCUGACAUCUGUUGUCAUCAGUAUCAAUGGAGACGAAGCCUUAGACUACUACAUAUAUUUUGUGCUUAUUACAUUGCCUUCUCUCUCCUCAUACAUUUUUUUUUUUUGGUUUUGUGCAGAUUUUGUUGGUUUUAUGUAGACGGACAAAAUUGCUAAGUGUGAAGUGGCAUUGUUUUUAUUCUGUGUUUCUGAUCCAUUCCGCACAUUUAAAUAGUCUGAUGUCCAUUAAGUUUGUUCCAGCACAGCAGCUCUCUAAAACUGUAAACUUAGUUCUCGGUGCCCUGUAGCACUGACCCUUCACUUCUGGUAAUGUGCACUGUUCUUUAUUAAAUGAGCCAUACUUGACCUAAAUCAUGAAUCGACGAUCUUUGUAGCACCUAUGCGUACUUGUAAAUGCACAUCUGAUUGACUCAGGUGACAUGUAUAAAUUGUUUUAUUUAUUGUUCUUUAAAAAAAAUAUAUGGUGUAUACAUUUUCUUUUUCUGUAUGUUACGAUCAUGUCUUUAUUUUUUAUUAAAACAUUAAAUUCUA